UAAAACCUCUGUCUCUUCUAGAGGGUUACACUGAACAGUUGAGGAGAUCACAGUAGUAACGUGAGGUCGAAACCUUAUCUUUGCAACUACAGACAUGGCGGGUUCUUCUCUACCUUCAUCUCUCCUCACUCAAGGAGGACCUUCGUUACUAUUCUCUUCUUCGAACCAAGUCUCAGAAGCUAAAUGUCAACUUGUGGUUACACCUGGAAAACGCUCUCUUGUUCGUUGCUUGGCUAAGAAGAAAAUCAGCUUUGUGGAUCAGAUUCUUGAUUACAUCGAAGGCGGUCCUAAGCUUAGGAAAUGGUAUGGAGCGCCUGAGCUUUUGCCAAAGGAUGGAUCAUCAAGUGGAGAAGACGAUGAAGCAGAGGAACAAGAAGAAGACGCUCUUGAUGGAAACAAAGACACUGUUUUUGUAACGGACGGAGACAGUGAUGUUGGUCAGAUGAUUAUACUGCAACUUAUUGUGAAAGGCACUCGUGUUAAAGCACUUGUGAAGGACAAACGAAAGGCCAUGGAAGCUUUUGGAGCUUAUGUUGAGCUGACGUCUGGAGAUGCAAGCGAUGAGCGUUUCUUAAGGAAAGCUUUUAGAGGUGUUGGUGCAAUCAUAUCCCCAACUGAAGGUUUCUUAUCAAAUGUCAAGAGUUUAAAAGGUGUGAAACAUGUAGUUCUCUUGUCUCAGUUGUCUGUUUAUGAAAGCAGCGGUGGAAUUGAAGCUAUGAUGAAUAGCAAAGCUAAAAAACUAUCUGAGGGAGAUGAAAAAGCAGUUUUAUCUUCUAAUGUACCUUAUACAAUCAUAAGAACAGGCAAGCUGGAGAACAGUCCUGGUGGGAACCUAGGCUUCAACUUCAGCACGGAUGCUGCAGCCAAAGGAAGCUUAAGCAAGGAAGACGCUGCUCGUAUAUGCAUUGAAGCACUAAGUGUGAUCCCACCAACAGGAUUGUUAUUCCAGGUUUCAAAUGGAGAAGAGGCUGUUUCUGACUGGGAAGGACAGUUGAUGAAACUGAUGCAGAGACAGAAUCAAAAGAAGUAAAACUUUUGAAGUUGAGAUGAACAGAAACAGAACACUAGAGAUCAUCACCAUUGUCUAUAUCUAAAAAAAAAUCAUUCUUCCUACAUAUUUGAUAUGUGUCUCAAUACAUUUUUUUUUCUUACCAAAGUAUGAGGACCCUACAGUUUACAUUCCUUUCACUUUUGUAGUUUUUUAUAAGAUAUCCAUCCACAGGAAAGUUGAUUGGAAACUGGGUGUUGUUAAUUU